UCAUGGCUUCGGCUCGUAUGUUACGACCCAAUGCCACUCUCCGUUCUCUCCCCCACAUCGCCCCUGUUCUUAUUCCCCGUCUCCUCCAUUGCCAUCGCUCGAACACCUCGUCGCCCGACAACCUGCUCGAGCACGACUCCCCGUCGCCGCCCUCCGGGGAUUGCAUUCCUCUGAUAAGAUCCUGCUCCACCAAAGCCCACCUCCUCCAAAUCCACGCCCGUCUCCUCCGCUCCGACCUCGUCCACGACCCCACCAUCUCCACAGCCUUCUUGUCCCGCGCCGCGCUCGCCCCCCUGCGCGACCUGGGCUACUCGCGCCUCGUCUUCGAGCGGAUCCCGCGCCCCUCUGUGUUCCACUGCAACGCGCUCCUGCGCGGAUACGCCGAGAGCGGCUCCCCCGCCGAGGCCUUGCGCUUCUACAACCGCAUGCGGCGACACCUCGGCGUCCGUGGCAACCCCUUCUCCGCUUCCUUUCUUCUCAAGUCGUGCACCAGCAUCUGCUUCUUGUCCGGUGGCAAGCAGGUGCACGGUAGGGUCCUCCGCGAUGGGCAUCAGUGCGACUCCGUUCUGCUGACUUCUCUGAUGGGACUGUAUGCUUCUUGCGGGGAUUGCGAGGGUGCUCACCGCGUUUUCGAUGAAAUGCCUUUUAGAGAUACCGUCACGUGGAACGUCUUAAUUUCUUGCUACUCGCAGAAUCGUCGGAGCAAAGAUGCGCUGCACCUGUUUGACGUGAUGCAGCGACCGGAUCACGGAUGCAAGCCGGAUAAUGUCACCUGCCUGCUUCUGCUUCAGGCGUGCGCGCAACUGAGUGCGCUUGAUUUCGGCGAGCGCGUCCACGAGUACGCCGCGCGAGAAGGUUAUGACCGUGCUUUGAACCUACGGAAUUCACUCAUAGCGAUGUACUCAAAGUGCGGAAGCUUGGACAAAGCUUACACGGUGUUUUCUGAUACUUCUCAGAAGAAUGUUGUCAGCUGGAGCGCCAUGAUUUCGGGGUUGGCCAUGAACGGGUACGGGAGGGAAGCUGUUGAAGCUUUUGGUGCUAUGCUGAAUGCUGGUGUUACUCCCGACGAGCACACCUUUACCGGCGUGCUGUCGGCUUGUAGCCAUAGUGGAUUGGUUGAUCAGGGAUUAAGGUUCUUCGAUAUGAUGAGAGACAAGUAUGGAAUUGCCGCCAAUGCGCGUCAUUUUGGGUGCAUGGUCGACCUUUUGGGCCGUGCCGGUUUGCUCAAUCAGGCCUAUGAGCUUAUAGCGAAAGAGAAGGCUGUUGAGCUAGAUUCCACUACUUGGAGGACUCUUCUUGGAGCCUGUAGGAUUCAUGGCCAUGCUCAGCUAGGAGAACACGUAAUUGGGCACCUGAUCGAGUUAAAAGCACAGCAAGCUGGAGAUUAUGUCCUGUUGCUGAAUACUUAUGCAUCUGCAGGCAACUGGGAGAAGGUGGCAGAAGUAAGGAAGUUGAUGAAGGAUAAGGGAAUCCAGACAAGCCCCGGCUGCAGCACAACAGAGAUAAAUGGAGUGGUUCAUGAGUUCACCGUCGACGAUGAUUCACAUCCACGAAAAGCAGAGAUUUACCGGAUGCUUGAUGAGAUAAAUAGCCAGUUGAAGAUUGCUGGUUAUGUUCCAAACGUGUCAUCUGAACUGCACAGAAUGGAUGAUGAGGAGAAAGAGAAUGCACUCUCUUGUCACAGUGAGAAGUUGGCUAUUGCAUUUGGUAUUCUUGCAACCCCACCAGGAAGAACAAUCAGGAUUGCAAAGAACCUCCGAACUUGCAUCGAUUGCCACACUUUUGCAAAAAUUUUGUCUGCAGUAUACGACAGGCUGGUGAUAAUUAGGGAUCGCAGUCGAUUCCACCAUUUCAGAGGAGGUGGAUGUUCAUGUGAUGAUUAUUGGUAGGUGGGCAUCACAGUUGUUGGCCUCUCAUGCUUUGAACAUUACUCAUUUGCUCAUCAAGCAGAUGAAA